UUGGAAAUAUCCAAAAUUUUUGGGUGAAAAAUUCGGAAAUACUUUUUAUAUCGAAGUGCCGGCACCCCCUACUUUAGAAACGAGAAUUGAAACAUUUUUUCCAUCGAUCGGACAAGCCUAGUAGUUACAUCAAAUGGGCUUUGCCAUUACCUCACAAUGGCUGUAUCACUGUACUUUAAUGAUUUGCUAGGGGGUUGUUUUCUUUUCAUAUGUGACAUUGCUUCACUAACUUCAUAAAGAAUCAGAAUCGUCCAGUUUCUCCAGACCUCUGGCCCUCUUUCCAGUUAUGUCAUGAAAUCAAGAUAAUGGCUCAACUUUCACUUGGUAUUGUCCGUUAAACGAAUUCCUUGUGUGUUCUUUGAAGUGGAGCUAUAUAAUGUGUGUGGUUCAAAUGUUGUUGCCCAAAGUGGAAAUAAUUUGCUUUAUGAGAAACCAUAUGCCAUGAGAAAUUGAAAUCAAGCUAUUGUGGUAAGAGGGGGCUGCUGGGCUUUUUCAAGAGAGUCACCUGGGGUGGAUUUUGAGGUGACUUGUCUUGAUCACAUGAAAUUGGGUGCUCAGCUAGAAGAAAAGAGUGGGAAUGUUGAUGAGGAUUGGUUGUUGCAUAAGACUAUAUUUUAAUGUGUUAGAGAAAAUGUGUAUAGAGUAGGAACUCAUCACCUACCUCUGUAAUAUGAGAGCUUACUUUAUAUGCAGCUGAGGGCAAAAGGAGUGAUUUCUGGUUUUAUUACUGAAUACAAAAAAGGAAAUCAGGAAGGUUUGUGGGACAUUUAGGCUUGGUUAGUGUGUCAGUACUCAUCUUUCUUUCUUGAACUUUGGACACAAACAAGAAUACAGAUAAAGAUGAAUCCAUUAGAGGCAGGAGUUCUGCUUCUUCUCUGUCUACUCUUCCCCUUGCUGUUCUCCUCCUUCAAAAUGUACAAGAAGAUUGUCCAAUUGCCUCCAGGACCCACUCCUUGGUUGUUUCUGGGCAAUCUCCUGCAGAAAAAUGUCCUUCCUCUGAGAACCUUCUAUCCCAAGCUUGUUGAAAAAUAUGGUCCUAUCUUUACUGUCUGGAUGGGACCAAACCCUGCCGUUGUACUUUGUGGAUACGAGGUGGUAAAAGAUGCUUUGGUGAAUCAUGCUGAAGCGUUUGGUGGUCGGCAUAUCACCCCCAUCCUGGAUCGCGUGUACAAUGCACAAGGUAUGAUGACCAAAGAUGAUGCAAAAUGGAGGGAGUUACGCCGAUUCACACUUUCCACCCUAAGAGACUUCGGGAUGGGGAAGAAAUCAAUGGCCGAGAGGAUCCAGGAAGAAGCGUGUUGCCUGGUGAAAGAUAUAACAGCAGGAGAGACCUUUGAUGUAUCUCAAAGCUUCACAAAUGCUUCUUCUAAUGUGAUAUAUUCUGUCAUCUUUGGAAGGAGAUUUGACUACCAAGAUGAGAUGAUUAAGAGAAACUUGCGCAUUGCAAAGCAAGUGAUAUCUCUAUCUGUGAGUUACACAGGCAUGUUGUUUUUAUGUUUCCCUCAAAUGAUGGAUUACCUGCCUGGACCUCAUGAGAAGGUAUUUGCUGAUUGCAAAGAAUUGCAGGCUCAUUUCCGUGAGGUGAUAAAAUCCCAUGAACUGACACUGGACCCUGAGAAUCCCCGUGAUUAUAUCGACUGCUUUCUUAUCAAAUUGGAGAAGGAAAAAAACUCCCCUGGAACAUUAUACAGCAAGGAAGACCUAGUCAUGUGUGUAUUAGAGCUCUUUCUUGCUGGAACAACCACUGUAAGCCGUACUUUGCACUUUGCAAUCUUUAUGAUGGCUAGAUUUCCAGACAUUCAAGCAAAGGUUCAGGAGGAGAUUAAUGAGGUUAUACAGAACAAUCAUGUUCCUGGAAUGGAAGAUCGGAUGAGGAUGCCCUUCACCAAUGCUGUCAUUCAUGAGAUUCAGCGAUACCUGAAAACAAGAACUGACAACUUUCCACAUUCAACAACUUGUUGUGUAGAAUUCAGGGGCUUCACUAUCCCGAAGGGCACUGCUUUCAUUCCAAACUUCAUAUCUGCGAAUUUUGACCCACUUCACUGGGAGACCCCAGAGGAGUUUAACCCAGCCCAUUUCUUGGAUAAUAAGGGUCAGUUCAGGAAGAACAAUGCCUUCAUGACAUUUUCAGCAGGGAAGCGGUCAUGUCUUGGGGAAGUAUUGGCUCGAAUGGAAUUAUUCCUGUUUUUCAGCACUUUGCUCCAGAAUUUAUGCUUCCAACUGGUUGAGGAAGUCCCAGAUAUGGAUCCCCUUUCUUUCUUUGACAAGUAUACAGAGAAAGGCCAGAGCCUCCCAAUACGAGUUAUUAAACGUCAAUUGUGAUAUAGUGAUUUAAAAUAAGUGCAAGGAUUGAAGCCAAAAAUAUCUGAAGUUGGAAAUCCUGUUAUAUGAAUAUGACAGUAAUAUAAGAUAGAAGCAUUUAAUAUUAACCACAAUAAAUGAAUGGUUAUUGAAGUUGAUGCCUUCAGAAGAGAUGAGCAAGUUGUUUUACUUGAUUAGAAUUUUCUUAAAGAUCUAAAUUUGUGUUUGGUUUUGUUGUGAAAAAAAAGAAGAAGAAUGGACUGGUAAUUUGUCAUCCUGAUGAUUACAGAAUAUAGCUUUCAUGAUUAGAGAGGGAAAAGUAAUAGAAUACACUUUAAUGUUUGCUUUUUAGGGAGAGGUGUGUGAAUAAUUGUAUGCCAAAAAAAGAUCAGAAGUCACUUUUUUGUUUCCUCUUUCUUUCCUUUCAAUUGUUUUGCAAUAUCUUCACCUUUUACAUGUUUCAUUGUAAAAUUAUUAAAAGUGAAUGGUUUCCGAAACAUCUUAUUCAGUUUUCUCACAAGAGCCUGUCUUUUUGUACACAAUUUGUGAAAUAGCCUGUGCAUGGUGUUACAGCAUGAAGAUGUCAUUGUUUUAUUUUUAAGAGUUUUACAUGUAGUUUUAUUGAAAAAGACCUUAAAAUGGAACAUUUUAAAUGAUAGGUUAUGAUAUAUAAAAUAAAUGUGGUUGUGUUGCCCAAAGCUAAAGGUGUUCUGGAACACUGUGCUUAAGUUAGAGAUACUACAGAAGACAAAACUCAUAAAAAGAGGUGCAUUGCUCUUAUUUUCUUUUUCCCUGAAUAAUGAUGUAUAAUAAGUUCUUAGGCAGGGCUGGUCCAACAAUGAGGUGAAUUAAGCGGUUGCUUCGGGCGCAAAACAUACGGGGGCGCAGUUGAGACUGCUUUUUCUGUUGAUUUCUUGUAAAACAUGAUGUUUUGGUGCUUAAUUAGUAAAAUCUUAAUGUAA